UUAGCCAGAUCCAGCCCAAAGUAGCCCAAUCCUGUAUCUCACAAGAACAACAGAGGAAGGAGAGGCAGGCGAGAGACUAUUUUCAUCCACAAUGUCUCUCCAGGCCCACGAGCAGGUUGUCUCACAGGCGGUGACCAACAGAUACCACAAUCCCAGCAAGACCAAGUUGGACGUGAUGACAGCGCUGCACAAUUACCGUGGCCUUGUUCCCAAGCUGGAAAAAUUUGUUUUUAAUGAUGGCAUCGAACGAGAGUUGUUGAACCUUGCUGGCACAAUCCCAGUGCGCUUUAAAGGAUCACUGUACAACAUCCCGGUGUGCAUCUGGGUCCUGGACAACCACCCCAUCUCUCCCCCAAUGGUGUACGUCAAGCCAACGCCAGACAUGCUCAUCAAGGCUUCCCGGCACGUGGACCAAAAUGGCAAAGUGUUCCUGCCUUACCUGCAUGAGUGGAACCUGAACUCAUCAGACCUGGUGGGCCUCAUACAGAUCAUGAUCAUGGUGUUUAAUGAAAUGCCACCAGUGUAUUCCAAACCUAAGACUCACACCACCACUGCUGCACCGUACCCCUCCUCCUUCCCAGGGAAUAUGCCAGGGUACAUGCCAAUUCCAGGAGUGGGACCUAACCAUCCCUACCCAGCCCCACAGCCCCCUGCUACUUCUGGCUACCCCUCUUACCCAACACAGCCUGCAUACCCCCCCACCAGCACCCCAUACCCUGUCUACCCUCCCACAAGCAAUGCUGGUGGACUCCCCUCUAUGCCACAGAUGCCCACACCCUACCCACCCCCAUACACUGCUGGCAUGCCCUACUCUGUCUACCCACCUGUCACCUCAAACCCAUCCACACAGACGUCAGCCACUGAGACCAGCAGCACCACCUCGGCCACCAGCACCGGGACCAUCACUGAGGAGCACAUCCGUGCCUCCCUCAUCUCUGCUGUGAGUGACCGGGUGAGGGCAAAGCUUCGCGACAGCUAUGGAGGCUGCCAAGCAGAGGUGUCGGUCCUGCGGCAGCAGCAGUCCGACCUGAACGAGGGCAAGACUAAGCUAGAGGGGCUCCUUAAUAAGCUGGAUCAGGAGCAGACCGAGCUUGACAAGAACAUGAGGAUCUAGGAACGAGAGGCAGAGAUGAAGUCCACCUUAGCCCGCCUCACAUCUGCCACAGAGCCCCUGGACUUAGAUGAGGCAGUCACCACCACAGCACCCUUGUAUAAGCAGCUCUUAAAUGCUUACGCUGAGGACCAGGCCACCCAGGAUGCCAUCUAUCAUCUAGGGGAGGCCCUGCGUAGGGAUGUGAUUGACCUGGACUGUUUCCUGAAGCAUGUGCGUUCCCUUUCCAGGAAGCAGUUUCAGCUCCGAGCCACAAUGAUAAAGUGCCGCGCCAAGGGAAACAUGGCAGGAUAAGGCACUCGGCAUAGUUAAGAGUUUACCCUCUCUCUCUCUCUCUCUCUCUCUCUCUAUUUAUCUCUUUCUUUUUCUUUCUCUCUGUCUCUGUAUCUAUCCCAGAUUUUUUUGUUGUUUUAUUAUUUUUCUAUCUGCAUUUAUAAUUUCUGUUACAUAUGUUUAAUUUUGCAUCUCUCUCUCUCUCUCUCUCUCUCUCUCUCUCUCUCUCUCUCUCUCUCUCUCUCUCUCUCUCUCUCUCUCUCUCUCUCUCUCUCUCUCUCUCUCUCUCUCUCUCUCUCUCUCUCUCUCUCUCUCUCUCAUCAUUUGAUAGUUUGUUUUAGUUUUUAUUUGUCUGAGGUUUUCAAGAAUCAGGAGGACUGUUGUUACAUUUGGUUUAUGUAAUAUUCUCACCUCCUUUUACAAUUAAUACGCACGUCAGUCUCGUGAUUGACACAUAAUACAACAUUCAGGAAUUCUUGAAAAAAAGCAAUAGUUAUGUUAAUUUCUUAAUCUGUAAACAUUUUCUUGAUAUAUCCUUUCAGAAAUCUAAAUACUCUCCUGAGAAUGAAAGAAUAUGCACUAUUACUACUACUUUGAUUAUUAUUAUUAUUAUUAUUUAUUAUUAUUAUUGCUAUUUUUAUUGGUUUCAGUUAAUUCAUGUCUAUGCUUUCAAUUUAAUCAUGUACAGUCAGUUAACUCAAAGCUGUGUUAUCUAUAUACAUUAUCUCUAUCAUUAUUUCCCCAAUACUAACUCAAGACAUGACAACCACCACAUUUAAGUAUUGCAUUAAGUUAAGUUCUUUUAGUACGUUAAUCACAAAUCUAUAUACACAAACCUAUAUAUUCUUGUUUGGUUGAGUGUCUGGUAUGUUAGUUUUUUUUUUACUCUGUAUUGUGUUGCAUUUGUGUUGUAUAUUCAAACUUCCACAUGAAUUAUGACACACUCAGGUUCCUCCAUGCUUUGUGAAGUGUUGCAGGUUUGCUUUCCAUAGCUUUUUUGAUAUUUUUAGUUGCUUUUUUGGGGAGUGGGGGGGCUUUUAGUUUGUCUGUUCUUGCUCCUCAUCAGGUACAGUGUGGAGUUAAGCAUCAUAGUUUUCCUCCUUAUCAUAUUACUCACUCCUUUACAUAAUUUAUCCCUUUUUCUAGAUUUUCUUCCCAGCUUCUCUACAUUUCUCACAUUAUUUACUCUGUCUCUAAUUUCUCAUUUUUCAAUCCUUUUCUAGUUUUUCUUCCCAUUUUUCCUCAUUUCAUUUUCUAUUAUACAUGUACACAUACUCAUACUAUAUUAAAUUUCUUGUUUUAUCAAUCUCUUCCAUAUUUUUUCUUCCCAUUUCUUUCUUUCCAUUAGAUACACUUGCAUACUCUCUAAUUUCUUGUUUAUCCAAUCUUUUUCUUAUUUUUCUUCCUAUCUCUGUGUUCUCUAUCAUUAGACACACACACACACACACACACACACACACACACACACACACACACACACACACACACACACACACACACACACACACACACACACUCAUCCUCUAUGGCAUUGCAAUCACUCAUUAUUCAGGUGACGCUGGGAGAGAACACCUGAAACUUUCCCUGAGUGUGAUAAUGAUCUGUUCCUGGUGUCUCCCUUCCCUUGCCAUGCCACAAUAAGCACCAGCCUUGCAUUGUCCUUCAGUAUGUUUACAAAUCUUCAGAUGCAACAUGUAACUUUGUAAAUAUGCACAUAGAUAAAAAAAUAUAUAUAUAUAUAUAUAAAAUUGCCUGUAGGUUACCAAGAUAGCAAUGAAAUAGAAGCAGAACUAUCAUAUUUAGUCAGAAUUUCUCCUAGACAGAGUAAUGUUGCUAGAAAUUAGAGAGGAACAUGGACUGGCUAGAGAGAAUGAGAGUGACAGUGAAGGUGACAGACAAUGGUUUAGUGAGAGAUCCAUAUUGGAAUGUGAUAUGUGUGUGUGUGUGUGUGUGUUAGCCAGUCCAGGUACCAUGCUAACUGCUCAUUCUUUAUAACUGAUUUGUUAGACUGAGACAUCAAGACAUUUUGUACUCUCAAGUAGCAGGAGGUGAAAUAUCCACUAGGACAAACACACUACAGCUAUACAUACCCAUUGAAUAUAUAUACAUGUAAGCUUCAUAUGUGGAAGUUAUUGGAGGCUGUUUCAAUAUAUUUCAUUCAUGUUGGCAAAUUAAGCACUUUAAGAAUCACCUCCCUUAGUGCAGGAUAAAUUUUACACUGAGGACUGAGUGAAUGAAUGAUUUGUAAAGUGUAUAACUCUGCAACACGCCACUUGCUCCUGUCAUUCACUUCGCUAGGCCUUUUGAAGGAAGAAAAUAUACUUAUGAAGAACCACAAACUCCAAUAUCCCAUUCUCUAUAGUACUUUAUAGAGUUUGUGAUGAAGCAAUGGAUUGAGGCAUUAGCAAAGAUGAUUGGAUGAUGUAAAGGUGAUCUAUAUAAUGUAAAAACACAAAUAUUAAUAUCCAGUCCUCUUUGAAUUCCUCCCAUGGGAUUUGUAAAGGAGAAAGAGAUUUCAGCAUUAACAAAAAUGAUUUUAUAUAGGAUUGGAUAGCAUAAGAGUAAGGCCAUAUGUAAAGUGGUAGCUUCCUUUCAAUGCCUCAGGGUGCCAGGUGUGUGGGAGGCCCUGCUGCCCUGGCCCUGUGUGUGUGGGUGCCUGUCACUUGCUGGGGAGGAACACAAUCAAAAUGUGCCCUUCAAGUCAUCAGGAUUUCAGUAUAUUUUUUAUCAAGGUGUCCUGUCAAUGUAGCAAAUUUGUGAUUUUACUAUAUGCGUAUCACAAAGAUUGUCUAUAGCACCUGUCUUCCUUAUGCUGGAGACAAAAACUGUUCAUAUUAAAGCAUAGAUUUAUACAUCAAUGUA